AAAAACAUCAACAAAGUGAUUCAUUCUGUGUCUGGUUUUCUUUGUGAUAAGUUUUUAUAGUUUUUCUCGUUAUUUAAAAAGUGAAUCUCAGAAAUGUCUGCUCCAACUGCACCCCCAAGUGAACAAGCUGUUAUUGGAGGCCACCACGGUUUCCAAUUUGAAAACGAUGCUAAAUUCUUGGCCUUGAUUGAGGAACACAAAGAAAAAAUUAACAGCACAAUUGGAGACAAUUACAAGAUGAAGAAGGUGCUUCAUGUGACGAAGCAAGUUGUUUCGGGUCUUUUGUACCAUGUUACGGCUGAAUUUGAGCGUGAGGGCAAUGAGACAGCCAAGUUUGUCUUCAAGCUGAUUGAUAAGCCCUGGGAUCAGCCAGAGGAGCGUGUUUUGGAGCAUCAGCGUGUUGAAUAAUUUCUAUUAAUUCUACAAUUUUGUAUUUCAAUGAAUAAAUCUAUUUCUCUUUAAAGAA